AUGAAAUUCUUUGUUGAAUUAGACUAUGGCUUCGUGAACGGCCUAAUUUUUAAAUUUUAUUAUUGGCACGAAAGUCUCUUCGCUCUUCCAAUAUUCGCAACCAACUUUCCUGGUAACAGCUUUGAAUUUUCAAAGACUGCUAUUGAAUCUAACGAAACAGAUGCAAAUAACAAUCAAUGGGGAUCAGAGGACAAAAGCUUUCCAACAUUUAUAGUGAAAGGCAUUCAAUGA